AUGACGGGGAAUCUCGAUAUCCCGGCUGACGAAGUUGAAAUCCCUUUCAGCAUCCUCGACACCGACCUCUACAAGCUCACUAUGCAAAAUGCGGUCCUGCGCUUCUUCCCCAACGCUCAGGUCGUCAUCAGGUUCACAAACCGUAGUCCUCACAUGCUGUUCAGCAAGGACAGCUUUGACUGGAUACACUCCCAUGUUGACCGCCUCUCAUCGCUGAAGCUGACUUCGGACGAGAGGGAAGCGCUAGCAAAGGCAUGCCCAUACUUUUCGGACGCAUACCUCGACUUUCUCGCGGGGGUCCGCCUGAACCCAAAGGAGCAAGUGGAAAUGACAUUCCACCCUACCUCAGAAAGAGCGGAUAUGGGCGAGAUACAGUGUGUUAUCAAGGGGUUGUGGAAGGAAGUGAUCCUGUACGAGGUGCCGAUCAUGAGCAUAUUGAGUGAAGGAUACUUUAAGUUUGUCGAUACCGACUGGACAUAUGAUGGACAGCUAGAUCAGGCAAAACAAAAAGGGCUCGCCCUCCUCAAGCCGGCUGCUCCGCUCAAAGCCCUCGCCUACUCGGAGUUCGGUACGCGCAGAAGGAGGAGCUUCAAAGCGCAAGAUAUAGUGGUACGAGGCUUGCUUGAGGCGCAGAAAGAAUGGAGAGCUGAAGGAGGUGUCGGAGUUGGAUUGGCGGGCACGAGCAAUGUGUAUCUGGCUCUCAAGUACGGUCUCAUGCCUGCUGGUACCAUCGCGCACGAGUGGAUCAUGGCGCUAGGCGCCACAUUCGGGUACAAGGGGGCCAACGGCCGUGCUAUGGACAUGUGGGAAGAAGUCUAUCCUAGAGGCGCGAACGAAGCCCCCCUCACCAUGCUCACCGAUACAUACACCGCCCACGCCUUCUUCCUCGACUUUAAGUCCGACAUCCCCCGCGCCCUACGCUGGACUACCCUCCGGCAAGACUCGGGCGAUCCCUUUGCGUUCGUCAAUGCCGCCAAGAAGGCGUGGGGGGAGGUGGAAGAUUUAGCGGGACUGAGUGAAGAGGAGAAGGGGAAGAGGGUCAAGAGGGUCAUCUUUAGUGAUGGGCUGGAUGUCGAACGGGCUUUGAAGUUGCAGAAGGGGUGUGAUGAGAUUGGGAUCGGAGCUUCAUUCGGGAUAGGCACCUUCCUCACGAAUGACUUUCGCAAAGCAUCGGAUCAGAUCCAAGUUUCGAAACCCCUCAACAUCGUCAUCAAGCUCAACCAGAUCGACGGGAAGAACUGCGUCAAGCUGUCGGACGACAAGGGCAAGUUCACCGGUAAUGUCGAGGAGGUCAAGCGGGCGCAGGAGGAGCUAGGGUUGCCGCAUGAGCACGAGGAGAAGCAACGCGGCUGA